AUGUAUUAUAUCAUUCUAAAUCUGAGUGUAUGUGACGUUCUCUUUAGCACAACCACUUUACCCAAGAUCAUAACCAAAUAUUGGUUUCAGUCAGGGAGCAUUUCAUUUACUGCCUGUUUUGUCCAAAUGUACUUUGUUCACUAUCUUGGUAUAGUUAAUUCUUUUAUUCUCUUUCAGAUGGCUUUAGACAGGUAUUUGUCUAUCUGCCAUCCUCUCAGAUAUCCACAUCUUCUCACAACACCUAAUAUUUUAAUUCUGAGUAUUACUGCAUGGAUUACUGCUAAGGUAUGUCCUCUGAUGUUAGUUAUAAGGGCAUAUCCUCUUCCUUACUGUGCUUCGAACAUAAUCAGUCAGUGCUACUGUGAUCAUAUUGGCAUAACAAUGUUGGCAUGCACUGACAGGGCACCUUAUGCCGUUCCUGCUUUCAUAUUUGCAAUGGUUGUACUACUGGGACCUCUGGCGUUUAUAAUUUUUUCAUAUUGUACCAUAAUUAUAGCAGUUUACAAUAUAGCAAAUGUGCAGGGUCGCCUGAAAUCACUGUCCACUUGUAGCACUCAGCUGAGAAUAAUCUCCCUCUAUUAUUUACCCAGAUGUUUUGUAUAUUUAGCCAGCAAUGUUGGUAUUACAUUUAGUGCUGAUGUGCGAGUAGUGAUCAUCAUGCUGUAUAGCCUUGCCCCCCCAAUGAUCAAUCCAUUCAUAUACUGUUUAAGAAAGCAGGAAAUUAGAGGUAAU